AUGGAAACUGCCGCUGCACCCGUCAGUUUCGUCGGCCUAGCAGGCCCUGUUGCGCAAGGUUUGAAGUUCCUGCAUGACUUCACGGCCAACAUGAAGGAUUGCCCGAAAGAUAUUCGCGAGAUGAAGACCGACCUUGAGUUGGUAGAAGAUUUGAUCACGCAAGUAAUUCGACAGUGCAAUGAGCGUGAUGCGCAACUUCGAGAAAGCGCGGCAUUGGCACGCACAAUUGGUCACGCUCAGGAAAGCGUCGAAGAUCUCAAGAAGGAGCUGGCUGCGUAUCUCAUGGGUGGGAAACGCACGCGAUUCAAGUGUGCAGCCAAGAUCAGUCAAACACAAAAGCUCAGAGUAAGCUUGGAUAGAACUAAGACCAUCAUGUUUGAGUUCAAGAAUCAGCUGCAAAGCGACCUGUUAUAUGACAUCCGUGAUAUAAAUCAAGAGGUUCUCAGAUCAGUAGAGAAGACGAGCAGAAAUAUGGAAACAUACGACAGAAACUUUCAAAAAGUCAGGCAAACCAUUGAGGUCAACGCCGAAACCACCAAUGAUUCCAGAGGUAGGGUAGAGGCUUCUGUUCACCUAGCAAGCGAUACCGCAUCUGAGGGUCUGACAGACAUCAAAAUUGUUGCUAAGAAGCUUGAGCACAUCACGGACUUGUUGACAGAAACAAGGAUCUCAUCUUCACCGACUUCACUACCAUCAACGCCUGCAUUGUCACGCGAAGUCAGUGAUACCUCCGUUAUGACCUCGUCCCAGGAAACGAAUGCGAGCAGCGUUUCGAGCUCGCGAAGCAUCCCACGGUCAGUAUCCCAAAAUGCUCGACAAGCCAACAUUGUUUCAGAACACCCCCUUCUACAAUUCAAGGAUAAUCAGUUCCAAUUCCUGGUUGCGAUCAUCUUUACCCAGCGCACCAACAAGAAACAACAUCUCGCUUGUCAACGCGCCUCAGAAUGCCUGGCAGCAUAUCCAACGCCAGAAGCACUUUCAAAAGCAUUGCCUGAAGCUCUCAGUCAAUACUUUGGCGGAAUUGGUUUGCAAGAGGUCAAGCCACGUCAGUUGAUCAAGCUAGCUAAAGCAUAUAUCAAAGAUCCACCAGAGCAGGGCAGAUUGCGUUUGAAAGCCAAGUGUCCUCCAUCUGAGAUUUCACAUUUACCGCAAAUUGGUCUAUUGGGCCGGUUGUACGAACGCUCAAGCUUACUCAAAGACGGCUUCAAGACGGGUGCCGUCAGGCUUGUGACGCUUGAUGUCGACGAUGGCUUUGACUUUCCACGUAAGCUCCUGUUGCGGGAUCUCUGA